CUGUUCUGCAUCUUUUCUAUUAAGAGAUGUUGAUUUUGAUGUUUGAUCUAAUAAUAAAAAGUUUAGAAAGUAAACAUUAAAACUAGUACUUUUAUAUGGGUAAAUAAAAAAUCUGUUUUAUUACAUAGUAUACAUACACAUAUAAACAGAUACAUAAGUAUAUAUAUGACAGAAGAGUUAGGAAACGUGAAUGCGAUGAAAAGGAUCAGAAAAGCUGUUUCAUGAGCACACGCUCUAUUAGGAUCAAUAACGGUCCUUACUAGGACCAAUGAAAAUUUCCACGGAAAAUUCACAGCCAAUAGGAUUUGAUUGUCGCAUUUAGAAUUUUCUCCCCACUCGCUUCAAAUUCAUUGAUAACCGUGUGGGUGAGAAACCAGGGGAAAUUUUUGUUAUAAAUAGAAGCUCUAUUCACAGGACUGCAUUUUCGUCAUAGAGUCCUACAGGUUUCAGUGAGCUGUGUGCUAAAAACGUGUUACCAGGAUUAAUCAAUUAAUAAGUGUGUACUUGUGCAUGUUUGCAUCGUUCUGCUUCACUAAAAAUAGAACAAUGAAUUUGUCACUAUCGCUGAAGCUGUUAUACGUGGUACUCUUCUUGUUUUUCUCUCCCUGCUUAACGUACACGAUGUAUGGUACGAAAAGGUAUAAUCAUGCAAGUACCGCUCCUAGGAUAAACAACCCAUCAUGGAACGUACCCGCUCCAUAUUAUCAAUUUCUUCGUACCGAACGUUAUCCUUCUAACUACGAAAUGUAUCCAUCAUAUUCUCCUAAUCAGGAAUUUGCAGAAGAGUACUAUUAUCCCCAAGAUUCAUCUUCCUCUUACCCUGUAUAUUAUCCACCUCCGCGAACUUCCAGAUACGAAGUAUAUCAAGCUGUUAUGCCUUAUUAUUAUGGAGAAAGCCCUGUGAUACGACCAUCAAAUUACGGCUACUACGGUUAUAAUCGAAAUGGAGAGCCUUUUGAAAAUCUCGAAGAUGAAAUGAUUCAAGAAGCCGAAAGAGAAGAGAGAGAAAGAUCCCAGCCGAUAGGACAAGAAGUUCUUUACGAAAACGAUAACGAUGCAGAGGGCAAUUUUGAUGAUGUCAACGCAGCCUUUCUUCAAAACUUAAUAAUGUCGCAGAUGUACAAGGAUUCAUUGCAAGCACCAAAAACUUAUUAUGAGCAGACCCCAAACAUUGAUUAUAAUUCUGAAGAUUCGAAGGAGAGGUGGGGAGAUCUUAAGGACAUACCUCUCGUUAAUACUGAUUCCCACCAGGAGGAUGAAGAUGUGAAAGAAUUAAAACAAUUAGCCGAUCCUCAAGAACGAUUUAGCAAACAAAAAGUCAACAGCAACAUUUCUCCCGAAGAACGUUACAAUUGGUUAAAGUCUGAGAGCAAUACGAGAGGAUCAAUGAAAGAUCGGAAAUUUGACAAUUUUGCCAAACAAAUUAAACGAAAUUCGGUAUCGCGAAAAUACGCUGAUUCUACAUCCGAUGACGAAUUUGCAAAGCCUGAAAAAAACAGAGUGUUUUCUUCGGGUGCAGCAUUAAGCGUAACCCCCACUCAGUCUACUCAACAUAAGUAUGUACAAGGACAAAAAGAAGAGGUAUUAGCAAGACCGGCUUCUUCUAAUUGGCAAGGAUUCAUAGCUCAGUCUACAAAUUCAGUUGUUACACACAAAAACGAUAAGAAAAGAGCACCUUCGGUUUAUGAUACCAUAAAACGUAUGUUAGAUAUGGAGAAACAACUAGAAAAGAGUUACAAAAGUAACGAAUUAAAAUCUCCAAUGAGAAAAAGGAUUGUCACCAACGAAGACAACUUAACGCAGCAGUUGUCGGUUCUUAAGAAAACGUCGUGUUUUCUUGGAAGCACUUCUGGAAGUACGUUUGUACAGGGAAAUUGAUCUUCUUUCUGAUAAAAAAUCGAGGGCAUCCUACUUCUGCCAGCAGUAUGUGGAAUAAAACUUCGAAACAGCGAUACACUUCAAUUAUUAUCGUUAUUUUUUUAAUUAAGUCAAAAUAGAAAUGCGUUGUCUGGCACAUAUCAUUUUUAUUACUAAAUUAUUUAGUACCAUAAUUAUUAUGCCAGUCUAGAUUCUAAAUUCUGAGAAAUUGUAGUACACUGCUCACAAAAAAUUGGUUGAAAAGCUUGAAAUAGAACAACAACAAGACUCUAAGUCCCAAUAGAAGGAUCCGAAGACUUAAAAAGACAUAAUUUGUAAAGUACUGACCGUUUCUAUCCUUCUAGAAGGACCUUGGAUUCCAUCAUUAAAUUUAACACAGCGAGAAAGCAAGACAAUUUUACUUUCUCAAACAUUUGUUGUUGUUGUUAUAGUUUAUUAUAACAAUAAUUAAAAACAUACAGGUUGUACUUUUUCUUAUAAUUAUAUAUGUAUAUACAGACAAGUUUAUAUAUACACUUUUCCUUAUACCUCUGCGUCAAAAUUCCAGCACAUUUAUUUUAUUAGAAUUAUUUUUAUAUUAUGUGCCGGCAAAUCGUAUGUACUAGUGUCCUACUAUAGGUAUGUCUAUAUAUAAUAAUGUAAUCAGUAUCUAUUAUACAUGCAUAUAUAUAUCUACUACCACACAUGAAAUGUACGUACGUUUUUUCUAAAAGAAUGUAUUGAAAGUAUUAUUUUUUAGUAUUUCCUUACACGUAAAAUAGACAUACACAUAUGUAAUACGAGAAAAUCAGCUGGAAUUUUGUGAAAUUGACAUAAAUAGAAACGUUUUAUGGGAAAUUUAGAGUUUUAGUGUUGUAUUAACAUGUAUAUACAUUUUAUGUUAUUUAUGUUAACAUUCCUUCUCUAUUUUAAUAUUAACAGUAAAAAACAUGUUGCAGAGGAGUAGUACUUAUAUAUUAUAGAAAAAAUCACAAGGACUGAUGUACAAAUAAUUAUAUAAUGUCAA